CACACGCGGCUGCUCCAUCAGACGCCGGCGGCCGAACGCGCCGACAGCUCUGUCCAAGUCCAGCAGAAGAGCUCUGCUGUUGUCCAGAAGAAGUCCUACGUCCCCGCGAGCAGGGGCGAGUACAUCGUCACCAAACUCGAUGACCUCAUCAACUGGGCACGAAGGAGCUCCCUGUGGCCCAUGACCUUCGGGCUGGCGUGCUGCGCCGUGGAGAUGAUGCACAUGGCAGCCCCUCGCUACGACAUGGACCGCUUCGGGGUGGUGUUUCGAGCCAGCCCCCGGCAAGCGGACGUCAUGAUCGUGGCCGGCACCUUAACGAACAAAAUGGCCCCAGCGCUUCGGAAGGUCUACGACCAGAUGCCGGAGCCACGCUACGUGGUCUCCAUGGGGAGCUGCGCCAACGGCGGGGGCUACUACCACUACUCCUACUCCGUGGUGAGGGGCUGCGACCGCAUCGUGCCCGUGGACAUCUACGUGCCAGGUUGCCCACCCACCGCGGAAGCUUUGCUGUACGGAAUCCUGCAGCUUCAGAAGAAGAUCAAACGGGAGAAGAAGAUCCAGAUCUGGUACAGGAAAUAGCCUUUUAUUUAUGCCCCAGCCCCUCACUGCCCCACCGGGCGCCCGCUCGCACCGUACGCACAAGAAACCUGUGUUCUCACGAGCCUUCAAUAAAACUCCACCUGGUUCAGAGA